AUGAUGAACAAUGUAAACUGCUGUCGGUUCAUUGACGUGACAGAAACGACAAGGGCACAAAGAGAAAUCAAGAGAGGAGAACAACUCUCGCUUUUUUUCUUUCUGUCUUUCUCUCUUUCUUCCUUUUUUUCCUUUUCUUUCUUUCUUUCUUUCUUUCUUUCUUUCUUUCUUUCUUUAAAUGUUCCUUUAUUAGCGACUUCUUUUUUCCUUCUUUUCUUUCUCCCUUCCUUCCUUUUUUCCUUCUUUCUUUCUUUUCUUCAUUCUUUCCUUUCUUUCUUUCUUUAUUUUACCCGUGUUUUAAAAUGUUUCUUCUAUAUUACUGACAUUAUUUUUUUUCUUUCUUUCUUUCUUUCUUUCUUUCUUUCUUUCUUUCUUUCUUUCUUUCUUCUUUUCUUUUCUUUUUCUAUUUUUAUUUAUGCCCCAUUUUUAAAAGUUCCUUCUAUAUUAACGAUUAUUUGGUUUCUUUACUCCCUUUCUUUUUCUUUGUUCCUUUCUUUCUUUCGUUCGUUCGUUCUUUCUUUCUUUUUCCUUUCUUUCUUUCAUUUCCUCUUCGAAUUUUGGCAUUGUAGACUCGGCUUGCCUAACAACCACGGCUACGCCUCUGUUCUUUUCUUUUUACUUUUCUUUCAUUCAUUUUCUUUCUUUUUUUUCUUUCAUUCAUUUCUGUCUUUUCUCUUUCAUUUUUUUUGUCAUUCAUUUUCUCUUUCCGGAAUACUUUUUCUUUCUUCAUUGUUAUUCUACAAUAAAUAUUUUUUUUGUUUACUACAGUUUUACUUUCUUUUUUUUUCCCGCCGUUUUGCAUUUUCUUUUCAUAUUUUUCUUUCUAUAUUUCUCAUUUAUUCUUUCUUUCUUUCUUUCUUUCUUGACUUCCUUCUUUUUAUUUUUAUUUUAUUUAUUUAUGUUUAUUUUUUAUCUUAUUUUUAUUUCAUUUCCUUCUUAGUGCUUUUCCUUUUCCUUUUCUUUAUUGAUUUCCUUCCUACUUAUUUUUCUUUUUUUGUCAUUAUUUUUCUCGCACUUUUUCUAUUCUUUUUUAUCAUUAUGUCUUUUCUUUGCCCUAAUUUCGUUUUAUUUUUCUUUACUUCCUCAUCUUUAUUCCCUGUUCAUUUUCCUUUUUCUUUCAUUCUUUUGUUUUCAAUAUUUUUCUUCUUUUUUGCUUCACGUUUUUCUUCUUUAAUUCUUUUCCAUUCUUUUCAUAUCCGUUUUUCUUUCUUUUUUUUUAAUUUGUUAUUCUUUUUUUCUUUCUCAUAUUUCUAUUUCUUUUCUUACUUUAUCUUUCUUUUUACUUUCCUUUUUCUUUUCUUUCUUUGCUUAUUCUUUCUUACUUUUGCCCUUUUCAUAUUUUUCGUUCGUUUACUUUUCUUAUUUCUUUGUUAUUUCUUCUUCACUCUGCGUUUUCUUUCUUUUUUAUUCUCUUUCUUCAGCCUCUUUUGUUUCUUUUUUUUAAAUGUUGUUUCUUUCCUUUUCUUAGUUUCAUUUUUGAAAAAUAAAUUCUCUCUUUUUUUUCUUUUUUUUUAUUCUAUUUUAUCGAAUUCAUGCCUUUCUUUUUAUUGUUUCUUUCUUCUCUUCUUCCUUUCAUGUCUUCUUGUAUUCACUUGCCGCUUUGAUUUUCUUUCUUUCACUUCCCUUCUUCUUCUGCUUUAUCAUCUUUUGACAGCAUUCAUUUGUCGUCUAACCAGUAUCCAAAAUUUCGUUCCGCCCGAUUUCCGUCCAAUACAAUCAAACGACAGCGCCAUCUUUAUUCUUUUCCUGCUUCUUUCAUUUUUCGCGCCCUUUUCAUAUUUUCCAUUAACAUUUCUGUGUCUUUAUAUGUUGGCCUAG